GAUUUAUUCUUCCACUGCAUGUUUAUUCAGGGUGUUGACGGCCCGAAAGCCUACAUCGCAACUCAGGGUCCGCUCCCAAACACGGUCAUCGACUUCUGGAGGAUGAACUGGGAGUACAACGUCGCUGUUAUUGUAAUGGCUUGUCGAGAAUUUGAGAUGGGAAGGAAAAAAUGCGAGCGGUAUUUUCCAUCACGAGACGAGGAGCCCUUGAGUUUCGGCCCUUUCAGAAUCUCCUGUGAAUCAGAGCAGCAAAGAACGGACUACUUUAUCAGGACUUUGACGGUGCAGAAUAACAACGAAACACGGAGGAUAUCUCAGUUCCAUUACAUCAACUGGCCUGAUCACGACGUCCCAUCGUCGUUCGACUCCAUAUUGGAUAUGAUCGGACUGAUGAGGAAAUACCAGGAGAACGACGACGUUCCUAUUUGUGUUCAUUGCAGUGCAGGUUGUGGGAGGACGGGGGCUAUUUGUGCCAUUGACUACACGUGGAAUCUCCUCAAAGCUGGGAAAAUUCCAGAGGACUUUAACGUUUUCCGGUUGAUCCAGGAGAUGAGGACGCAGCGGCACUCUGCUGUCCAAACAAAGGAGCAGUACGAGUUGGUUCACAGAGCAAUCGCUCAGCUUUUCGAGAAACAACUGCAGCUUCUGGAGAGCCCCACCAGCACGCAGAUACAUGAUGGCAUGAACGAAAGCAGUCCGGACAAAACGAGCAUUCAGUCAGACGAGGAACGAUGGGACACUCCGCCGCCUAAACCUCCUCGGAUUCGCAGUUCGCAGGUGGAAGGCGACGUUAAGGAGGAGAUUCUCCAGCCCCCUGAGGCUCACCCCGUCCCCCCGAUUCUCACCCCGUCUCCCCCGUCUGCUUUCCCCACCGUCACCAACGUGCGGCAGGACAACGACCGCUACCAUCCCAAACCUGUCAUACAUGUCCUGGAUACCACGCAGCGCAGCCUGAAAGAGAACGAAGAAGCGAACAAGCAGCAGAACCGGUCCGAAUCCAGACUCAACAAACCUUCCAGCCAAUCAGAGCGCAGAGAUCCGAAUGUACAAAGCCAGAACCGGCAGACCCAGGUCUCGCACCUGGACCUCAAUGACAACUACAACAGCAAAUCCUCGUCGACGUCGACAAAGUCCGAGUCGGGCCCGAGCCAGACUCCGACGCCCUCCUCGCCCCUGUCGCCGGUCGUCGAGUGCUGCGGCGCCCCUCGGAUCGAGAGGAAGCUCAGCAUAGAGAUCAAAAAGGUUCCGCUGCAGGAAGGACCACGCAGCUUCGACACCUCCUCCUCCACGGGAGCCAACAAUUCGACCACCAGUGGUUCCACGCUGCAGAGGGCCCACGCCUUCAAAGCCCGGUCCGGUCAAACCCUGCUGACGUCCAGCUCUUCUCUGUCGGAGGACUCCGGGACGGAGGGGGGGUCGGGCAGAUGCGGAGAGAGCCACUCGGACGAGGGCGUCCUGACCAGACCCAACCACCUUCCCGUGACGAGUGACGGCAAGGAGAAGACGCAAGACGCGAAACCCGGCCACGCGACAUGGACGCACUCCUGCAACAGCCCAGAAAAACCGUUUCCCAAGACCUCCUCCUCCUCCUCCUCGGACAGAGCCGCUCCAUCCUCCUCUUCCUCGUCCCACAUAUCCUCCUCCUCCUCCUCGUCGUCGUCCUCCUCCACUCCUGUCAGGACUGCGCUCAGUUUCACCAACCCCCUGCACUCCGAUAACUCGGAGGAGGAGGGGAACGAGGAGAUGUCCGAGCUGAAGGAGGGUCAUCACAAAAACGUCUCCACGGCGACGGGCACCGUGACGACCUCGCCUCCCCUUGGGACCCAGCAGUCGGUCAGAAAGGUGCUGCCCAUGUCCAUCGCGGGGCAGACCAUUCCAUCACCCUCUGCAAGCCCAACAAACUGCUGGGACAGUGACGACUCUCCUCCCCCUCUCCCUGAGAGAACCCCCGAGUCCUUCAUACUGGCCACAGAUCCCCUGGAAGUGAAAACGUCAGCCUUAGCUGAAUGGAGCUGCUCACAAAAAGAUGGCUCUGAUUGUUCUGAGGCGUCGCCGGCGGUGUCUGCAUCAGACGGCGGCACAGCAGGAGUUAGCCAAGUAGACCUGGGGUUCGGUAACCGCUGCACUCAGCCCAAAGGCCCUCGAGAACCCCCUGUGAAGUGGACAUGAUGGAAGGAUCCAUCCACCAUCGGCUGCUUUUCCUCGUUAGGAUACGGAGUCCUGACUGGUCGGCACAAACAAACAAAACAAAACAAAAAAACAAACAAACAAAAAAACAACAAAAAAGAACAGGCUGGCACACAGGAAAAGAAUAUGAGACUUUUAUUCCUGAGUUUUUGCUCCUCACAGUGUUGACUUCUGUAGAAGCUGACAUGGGAUCUCUCUCUGUUAUACUGAUAGCGGGCUAAAAGAAGAGCCUACUUUCUUCUUCUACUUCUCCUUCUUUUUUUUUUUUUUUUCUUCUUUUUUUUUUUACACUAAAUGAAGCGAGAUCUAAGAGACUCUUAAACAAGUUUCAAGCCAAAUGAGAAGAAAAGCAACUUCAUCAGGAAAAGCUAGAGAGCGACGAAGCAGAUCUCUGUCCCAGAAGUGGUUCUGCUGCCUCCCGCUGAACGAACAAUCUUCAAAGCGAACUUAGAUAAUCUCGUACUCAUGAUGCAACCUUUUCAGUUGGGUAUGCAGAGGUUGCCUGGGUACUUUCUCUGACUUCUUUUGUAUUGCUGUCUCUCUCUCUUUGUCUCUUCUUUCUGGUGCUACUUCACAUGAGAUCAGGAUGGACACUGGAGCGUUGAGGGUUUUCCGCCAUUCGGUAAUUUUUCUAUCGGGUUCCACUGUUUUCCAUUUUUACGCCCUUUUUUUUUUUUUUUUGUUGUUGGCGUCCGAAUGCUAACGGGAUUUGCUAAUUACACUGUUGAAUAAUGACACCCCUUCACUUAAGUUCAAAGAGUUUGAUUUUACCUUUAAAUCUAACUUUGAGUCACUAACGUGAGAAUUUCCUCUUUUUUUUUUUUUCUUAUGUGCUUUAAUCUAUUCCCUACCGAGUCUGAGAAACUCAAGUGCAGAAAGUUUUAAUUUUUUUUUUUAAAUUUAUUUAUUUUUUAUUUUUUUCACUGAAUCUGUCAGACCAAUCAGUUAAAUGUAGCCUGGGCUGCAAGAUUGAUGGAGAGUUUUUGAAACAGUAGAAAAUUCAUAAGUCAUUUGCAAAAUUGAAAAUAUCAAUCGUUUAUUUAUCAGAACUUAAAAUCUAAAAAAGAAAAUUUGUGUUUCUGGUUUCACUUUUCGGGCCCCCCUGGUAAAGAUUUGUCAAAAGCCUAAAACUAAAUUCAGAUUUUAAUCCAGUAGCGCCAUCCUACACUGAAAUCAGAAUUUUAUUUAAGAAUAUCUGCUAUUAAUUAAUAUUAACAGAAAGAGCUCUAGUUGUUUUGUACUCGUAUCAGUAUUCCCAUUGUUUGUGGAAGAGAAACGGGCCCACAGCAUCACGGAUCCACUACUGUACUUAACAGCAGGCACAAAACGGUUUUCAGCGUCUUCAUUCUUUCACACCAAGCCCACCUGGACUGAUUAAUGUGGGAAAAGCUUAAUAUUAAUCCUGUCUGACCAAAAUGCACAGCUUCUGAUCACUGUUCUAGAGCUAAUAGAAACUUAGUAAAUUAUAAAGUAAUGGACAAGUGUAAAUUAUGAAACGUCUAAGUUGCGUUUAGUUAAUUGAAAGAGGGACCAACGAUUGUUCCAGCUGUGACUUUGUUUAAAAACAAUCUUAACUUUCGUCCCCUCGCUGAAUAAAUGUACUGACAUUACAUGCUGGACUUUUCAACAUUUCUCUGUAAGAAAUUGUUUCUCUAAUAAAAGAUGAAUAUUU